UACAACUUACUACCUAUAAAUUUUUUCAGGAUUUUUCACUGUUUUUCAAUUUUUCAUGUUUUCACUUUCGUUUUCAAGAUGCACUUCUUCUUUUGAACCUUGGAUUUGGAUGGUUCUAUCAAUCUAGUUAUACUUCUGACUAGAUUGUGAUCACUACUUCGAUUUUUAUGAUUUUUGAUUGGAAAAACAGUUUGCAAAAUCCUCGAACUUGACAGUCUGUUACAGACUUCAGCAUCUUGUAAUCUUGUUGAUAACUUGUUACUUGAUUGAGUGUGUGCCAGUGUACCAUUUCGUCUUGCGACUUCUCCAGUGCUCACUGCACAGGAUUUUGUAUUCUUCAUCAUUUGUGAGGAGAAAUGGGGAAGCACGAGCCGUUCUCCCCGAAAGCCAUCGCGAAUCGGAUAAAGUCCAAAGGAUUACAGAAGCUGCGAUGGUACUGCCAGAUGUGUCAGAAACAGUGCCGUGACGCGAACGGAUUCAAAUGCCAUGUCACUUCCGAAGCCCACCAGCGACAGCUGCUGCUGUUUGGUGAGAGUCCCACUCAGUUCCUGGGAGGAUUUUCCGCUGAUUUCGAGAAGGGAUACAUGGAUAUCCUCAAGCGACGAUUCGGUACACGACGGGUGAACGCCAAUCAGGUGUAUCAAGAAUACAUCAAGGAUAAAGAUCACAUCCACAUGAACUCCACAAAAUGGAUGACACUAACGGGAUUCGUUAUGUACCUGGGUCGUUCCGGCAAAUGCGCAGUGGAUGAGACGGAGAAGGGCUGGUUUAUCAAGUACAUUGAACGCGAUCCGGAGGAAGUGCGCCGUCAGGAAGCACUGCGGCGUCGCGAGCGCACCGAGUUGGACGAUGAGGAGCGCCUGCAGAAGAACGUGGCUGAUAUGGUGGAGAAGGACAAGGGGGAACAGGAUGAGGAGGAUGAACCACAGUUCACUGAGUUGCAGCGGGAUGGCGAAGAGAAAAUUGUCUUUUCUUUGGUUCCGACGGCGGUCAAGAAGGAAGACCCGGAGCCCAGCACAUCGUCUGGAGACCGCGAUACGGCCCAAGUUAACAACGAGAGGGAAACCAAACCUCCACUGUUUAAAGUUCCCUUGAAAAUAAACGCACUGCAGUUAGCCGCCCGUGCCACUGCCGCCUCCCGCGACCGAUCGGUAGCCAAGAGCACGGCGUCGUCGUCGGGGGAUAAAAAGCGGAAAAGCGCUCUGGAAGAGAUCAUGGAAGAGGAGAAGCGGCGAAAAGAAAAACAGCACAAAUCCGGUCGCGGCAAGAACGAUUUCUGGCUGCACAAGGAUAUCGUUGUCAAGAUUACCACGCCGCGGUUGGGCGAGCAGUUUCACAAGAGAAAAGGCGUUGUCAAGGAAAUGCUGGAUAAAUACACGGCCGUAUUGGAGCUGUUGGAUUCGGGCGUUAAAGUGAAGGUGGAUCAAGUGCACGUUGAAACGGUACUGCCGGCGCUGGGUAAACCGGUGAUGGUGGUAAAUGGGCCGCAUGCUGGUGCACAAGCCACACUCCUUUCCAUUAACGAAUCCAAUUUUUCCGCUUCCGUAAAACUGCUCACGGGACCUUCGCAAGGAGAAGUGGUGAAUAAUGUGGAAUAUGAAGAUAUCUCGAAAAUUCAUCAAGGAUGAAGAUUUUUUCUGUCGCGGAUGAUCCCUGAAUUAUUGACACAACCUGAAUUGUUUGUAUCGCGGAUAGCGUGCACAUAAAUCUGAGACUGUUUAUAAAUAUAAUAAUCAUGGUUAAAUGUAAAAAUUCUGUGUUUUCCGUUCACGAUGAAGAGCAUUAGCAUCCAUACAAUGGAAAAAAAUGGGGCAAAUUGAUUUAACAGUGACAAUAAAAAGUCAGAAAUG